AUGCAGUGCGUUGCCAUCCUGGCAAUCCUAGGACUCCUCGCCGCCGAUGCCAGCAAGCUGCGGGCAACACGAAGGAAUGUGGGCAUCGUGGUGGUGGGAGAUCUGGCUUUCCAACGUCGGUUUAAGUCCCAGAUCCAGAGCAUGAGGUGCUAUGCCGACAGGCACGGCUAUGAUAUGCACUUGCUCACAGCCUCUGAGUACGAUGCAUGCUGGCACUUCAAGGACUUUUUCUUUCGAAAGCACUGCACAGUUUCGAAGUGGCUGGAGACCCAGCCAGCUGACUACGUGGCAGCAGUUUUCGACGGCGACGUCGUUGCGGCGGCGCCGAAGAGGGGGCUGGAGAAGUGGAUCGACCACGGUGCCGAUGUUCAGCUUUACAAUCGCUGCCUGUUUCACGAGAUCAUGGCUGGCAACUACAUGGUACGGAACACAGCCUUCGCACGGGACUUCCUCAUGCGUUGGGCCAACUACUACGACCACCGCCCCAGCGGCUUCUCCUCAUCGGACAACGGUGCCAUUCAGUUGGUGGUAAUGGAGACACUCCGUGUGGAGGGCUACGAGACCUGUUUCGACAUGUACAAGAACUUGACAAGCCAGGUAACAGAUUUGCAGCCGUACUGGGACUACGUGCACUGUACCAAGGAGGCCAUUGGACCCGCGCGUGCCUGGCGGAUGCCCACUGGCUCCCUGACGCUUUGGCCACGUCUAGAGUUCUACGUGGCCGAUGGAGUCUUCCUCAACAGGUGGGCGAGCGAGGAGGUCGGGCCCAUGUUUCACCAUGGCAUCAAGAACCCUGAGGACGUCAGCUCCUUCUACUACCAGGACCUGGGGCGCUGCGAGGUGAACGCUGGCUCCGUGCUGCGCAGCGCUGCGCAGCUUGGGGAGACGGCCCUCCACCUGGCGCGGAGCUACCCGGAGUAUUUCCCAGCAGGCAGCAACUGCAAGCAGUGUGCAGAGCGGUGCAUGGAGAGCUUCACCUGCCAGCCGCUCGAGGACGCGGAAGAGCCGCGACCCAAGCAGGUGGGCCCGGAUGCCUUCAAGAAGGCCAGCUUUGUCUUGGUGAAUUCUGCAGAAAGCCGCAAGCACUCCUGGGGCUGGUCGCGGUGGGAGUGA